UGGACGGUAUCUGGCCGGGGAGCCGGUGGCGGUCAACGAUAAGGCGAAAAUAUGUGCAUUAGAAAGGUAACCGAUUGCACGUUCCAGAGUCGCCAGUGAGCCACGAUGAUCAGCUGACCCGCAGCCGGUGAGAUGGCUGGCGGCUGUCAAUGUCGCGUGGUCGGCGUGUUCGCCGCCAGUCUGCUGGCGUUCUGCGUACUGUUGUUGCUAUACUGCGAGGUCUUCCACCACUAUGCGGUGCUGGCCCAGUGCGCGUGGCCGGCGCCGCUGUCCGCCGGCGAGCCGGGCCUGCGGCUCAUGCUGCUGGCCGACACGCACCUGCUCGGCUCGCGCCACGGCCACUGGUUCGACAAGCUGCGCCGCGAGUGGCAGAUGCACCGGUCCUACGUGUCGGCCGUCACGCUGCACCAGCCGCACGCGGUCGUCUUCCUCGGUGACCUGCACGACGAGGGCAAGUGGAGCGGCCCGGAGGAGUUCCAGGAGACGGUGCGCCGCUUCGACAGUCUCUUCCCCGUCUCCGAAGGACUCCGUCGGCUGGUGGUGGCUGGCAACCACGACAUUGGCUUUCACUACAGCGCGCGGCCGCAUCUCUGGAGCCGGUUCGACGCGGCGCACAACACGUCAGGGGUGACGCUGGUCUCGCUGGCGGAGCGCGUCCACCUGGUGCUGAUCAACAGCGUGGCGAUGGAGGGCGACCGGUGUCAACUGUGCGCCGCCGACCGGCAGCUGCGGCGACUGCAGGUCGGUGUCAGACGCGUCGGAGAGGUGCUGCGGUGCUCUGAAGCGGCCGACUCGCAGUGCGCCGCCGACCUGCCCACACUGCAGUACAGUCGGCCGAUCGUACUACAGCACUACCCGCUGUACCGCGCGUCGGACGCCCACUGCGCCGGCCCUGACGCGGCCCCGCCGGCCGAGCGGACGCAGCCGUUCCGCGCCGGCUGGGAGUGCCUCUCGGCGGCGGCGAGCUCGGCGAUCCUGACGCGGCUGCGGCCGCGGCUGGUGGCGUCUGGCCACACACACCACGCCUGUCGCACCGAGCACCGCACGCCGCUCGGGCCCGUCACAGAGCACUCGGUGCCCUCCUUCAGCUGGCGCAACCGCGCCGACCCGUCCUUCCUCAUGCUACGUGUGAACGCCGACUCGCACGCGGUGCUCAAGUGCUGGAUGGCUGACGAGCGGGGCGUGGUGGCGCUGUACCUGGUGGGCGUGCCGGCGGCGCUCGUGCUCAGCUUCGUGGUGACGGCUCGGCGCCGCGUCAUCCGACGCUGGAAUGGCCCAGAGGCCCGCUCCGGGACGCUGCCGGACAGGCAGGGCAAGCAGGAGUGAGGUGGCUGCAGAGGCCCUCCCCGGCCGCGGCAGCCGGCCGCCAGCGCCGGAGUAGUCCGGCUUUGGCGCUCGGCCGAACGAGAUCCGGAUCGGGGGAGAGGAGGGGGAGGCAUUUGUGAACCUACGAAAUGGCUACUAGUCUCCCCAUUGUGUGGUUGCUGGCGUGCAGAUCGGUAUGUAGAAUCAUUCCCGUGUGAAUUUAAGUUGCGUCGUGGAAUAUUUAACGCCGCGCCCUUGCGUAGUUAUUGUAGAACAAAUACGUGCUCCCUGAAAGCUUUAUGGGCGUGGAGUUAUGGAUCAUGUUAAGAUUAGCAGUGUGAAACUUGUCCCUGGAAUGGGCAUUGCUACUACCCGAUUUCUAUCCAGUGUUGUUUUCCCUGUCCCUUUUUUAUUAACUUUCAGCUUAUUUGUGCAAUCUGGCCACCUGCCUUGUUCAUAAUCCGAUCACAGUGAGCUGUGCGGUGUUAUUUUGUCAUUGGCGGGAGCUGAUUCUACUGCCAUGUCUCGUAUGAACAGAUCCGUUAAACGCGAUAAGGACACGGGAUCCAACAGCUGUGAUGGUGGCGUUUUUAGGAUAAUUGCGCGAUCGAUGACGUGUCAGUGCUAACACAUAAUGUGUAUGUGGCCGCUUACACUGAACUGGGCGUGUCCUGGGCUUUAAAUGGUGAGCAAUAAGACGCGCCUUACAGUGA